AUUAAACUAGUCCUACUUCUUUUCACUGCAGAAAGAUACUACGUACAAACUCUUCGUUCCAUAAUCAAACCAAAGUAGCAUUUACUUUUCUACUUCAGUGAUGGGAGAGAGCACGGAGCAAGCCAAAGCAUCAUCUGAGGAUCAACCACAAAUCACCAUUAAUGAAGCUCAAACAAGGCGCAAAUGUGGGGGAUGGAUCACAUUCCCUUUCCUAGCAGGUAACUUGUUGGGGUUGGGGAUUGCCAUAAACGGAGCCACGAGUAAUAUUAUUGUGUACUUGAUAAGGAAAUACAACGUGAAGAGCAUCGACGCCGCGCAAAUCUCAAACAUCGUCAACGGCUGCGUGAACGUCGCACCGGUUGUGGGCGCGACCGUCUCUGACGCUUACUUUGGGUGCUACCCGGUUGUCGCCUGCGCCUCUGCCGUCGCCUUUCUGUCCUUAGUAGUCUUCACCUUAACCGCCGCCAUCCCGUCGCUGCGGCCUUUGCCGUGUUCACUGAGCUCAAACUCAUGCGAACCGCCGUCGUCGGGCCAGUACGCGGUGCUAUACACCGCAGUGGGCCUACUUGCGAUCGGAACCGGGGGAACCCGGUUCAACAGUGCCACGAUGGGCGCGAACCAGUUUGAUAAGACCCAGGAACUGGACAUUUUCUUCAACUGGUUCUUCAUUUUGCUCUAUGGAUCAUUGAUCGUCGGCGCUACCGUUGUCGUCUACAUUCAAGACAGUGUAGGCUGGGCCUUGGGCUUUGGGCUUUGCACGGUGGCUACCGCCGUUAGUGUCGUUGCUCUCCUUCUUGGGUCGAGAUACUAUAGGAGGCCCAAGGCCCAAGGGAGCCCUUUUAUAGGCCUGGCCCAAGUUGCUGCUGCAGCAGCAAGGAAGAGGAAGAUCAAUUUGUUAGACAAAGGGAGAUUGGAUUAUUAUUAUGGGACUGCUGAUGCUGCAGAUGUAGCAAUUAGUCCUCCAACUGAGAGCUUUAGCUUUCUGAACCGUGCUGCAGUGAUACCGAACGGCGACAUUCACCGUGAUGGCUCCAUCGCUCAGCCGUGGCACCUCUGCACUGUCCAACAAGUAGAAGACUUCAAGACUCUCGUCCGAAUAUUGCCACUCUGGACCACCUCCAUCUUCGUCAGCGUCUCUAUCGGCAUCCAGGUCAGCAUGACAAUCCUCCAGGCCCUCACUGUGGACCGCUCCCUCGGUCGUCACUUCACCGUGCCUGCAGGUUCCAUUUCCGUCUCCAACCUCGCGGCUGUCGUCGUCUCCAUCAUCCUCCUCGACCGCUUCCUUUUCCCGCUCUGCAACAAACUGACACACCACACUCUGACUCCGCUUCAGCGCAUUGGGCUCGGCCAUGUAAUCAACACCAUCGGCAUGGCGGCCUCCGCAUUGAUGGAGCGGAAGCGUGCAGCCAUAGUGCACGCACACCACGCGGAGAAUCAGGCUGCAUGGAUUGCACCCAUGUCAGUGUUGUGGCUCGUGCUGCCGCUGGCGGUUGUGGGGGUGGGAGAGGCUCUGCACUUCCCAGGACAGGUAGGGCUCUACUACCAGGAGUUCCCCAAGGCGCUGAAGAGCACCGCCACGGGUAUGGCGUCGCUGAUCGUGGCGCUCGGAUUCUAUCUCAGCACUGCCGUCGUGGGGCUGGUCCGCAGGGUCACCGCGUGGCUCCCCGAUAAUCUAAAUGAUUCGAGGCUUGAGAACGUGUAUUGGAUGUUGGCGGCGGUGGGCACAGUCAACUUCGGAUACUACAUCUUGUGCGCUAAGCUCUACGAGUAUCAUAGCAUCGUCAAGGACGAGGAAGCUGUAGCAAACUAGGUUCUUGCUUCUCGAUUUUGCAAAAGCUGUUGCAUCUCAAAUUCUGCACAUGUUGUGAGGCGUAGGCCUUAACUGUGUUAUCUGCUGAAUGUAAUGUAACUUUGAUUUGGCUAAAUCAUUCCCCUUGCCUUUUA